UUAGCUUUUAUAAUAGUUAUAAAAGCAUGACUCAUUGGGUGUUUGAUAAACACAACCUAAGAAGCCUUAUGAAUUUAGACCGCUCGUCUUCCCGUUGCUAAGCUUCCUCGCCGGCGAAGCGAUGGCGGAGCGGAGCAGCAUGGAGCUACCCUCGACGCAGUUGAUCCCCGGCCUCCCAAACGAUGUCGCUAUGCAGUGCCUGGCUCGGGUCCCUCGGAUACACCACCCCAUCCUCUCUCUAGUCUGCAAAUCAUGGAGGUUCACUCUGCGUUGUUCACCUGCGCUCUUCGCCACUCGAUCCCAUCUCCGCACCACCCAGACCUUCCUCUACCUCAACCUCCGCAUCAACUCCGCUUCCCACUGGUUCACUUUCCUCCAGCGCCCCAAUUCCCCCAAUACCAGAAACCCUGUUCUUCUCCCGCCCAUCCCUUCAAGGCCCAUCGGCGCCGCUUAUGCAGUUUUGGGUCAUAAAAUCUAUGUAAUUGGUGGAUCUAUCAACGAUAUUCCUUCCAACCAUGUAUGGGUUUUCGAUUGUUGGUUUAAUUGUUGGGAAGUGGGGCCAAGAAUGAAGAUUAGCAGGGAGUUUGCCGCUGCCGGAGUGGUGGGCGGGAGGAUUUACGUGAUGGGUGGCUGCGUUGUUGAUAACUGGGUCCGAUCGAUGAACUGGGCUGAGGUUUUUGACCCGGUUUCCGGGUCGUGGUCAGCUUUCCCUAGCCAGAUUGAGGUCCGGGACAAAUGGAUGCAUGCCAGCACAGUAAUGGAUGGUAGAGUGUAUGCAAUGGCGGAUAGGGGCGGGGUGGUGUACGAUGUGGGGGCUGGACAGUGGGGGUCUGUCCCAAAGCGGCUAGACUUGGGGUGGAGGGGGCGGGCAGCGGUGGUGGGUGGGGUGCUGUAUUGUUAUGAUUAUUUGGGCAAAAUUAGGGGAUAUGAUGUGAAAGAAGAUGUGUGGAAGGAGCUCAAGGGAGUGGAGAAUAGGUUGCCAAGGUUCUUGUGUGGUGCAACAAUGGUGAACUUUGAUGAGAGAUUGUGUGUGGUGUGGGAAGGCAAAGGUAGCAGUAAGGAGAUUCAGAUAAUGUGUGCAGAGAUUAAGGUUAGGAAGGAUGAAAAUGGGGAUUUAAGUGGGACCCUUAUAUGGUCCGACGCAAUUCAUCUUGUUCCAAAUGGUGCCUCCAUUGUGCAUUGUAUGGCUGUUGACAUUUGAUAUUGUGAUCUCUACUUCACCACUUCACCCAUGGUAUGGUAAAUGAAUCAAUGAACUACAUCUGUAAGACUACAGAAGGGUGCAGAGUGAUUGGGUGUGAAGCUUGUACCUUGCACAAAUGGUAAAAUUAUUCAAAUCGUGAAAGAUGUGUGUGCAAGGAUAUGAUAUUCCAAUUUCCAACAUGCAUGCUUGAUCUACGCAAGUUGAUCUAUUUGCUACCUGAUAUUUCUUCAGCAGUGCGUGCCCUCGAGGAGAAUGGUAUAUCACUUGCCUCCCCUCCCCUCCCCUCAGAAGGCAAAAGAUUCAAACUGUUCGAGGCUUUUGCUCCCUUCUUAAAUGAAGCAGUAUGGUCAUACCUUUCGUUAGUUAAUGCUAAUGCAGGCAGGUAGCAAGGCAUAUUCUGUCAAUAAUUUUUGUAUAACACCUAAACUCUUUUCAUAUCUGUUUGUAUUUUGAUUGUAUAAGAGUGAGUUAUCAGGAGAUAACAUUCCCCACUAUCUAUCUCAUAAACUGUUGAAAUGUAUUUUUAGUCUUUGUUUCAUUAAUUGGAAUUCAUAUCCUUCAAGCCA